UGAAGGGGGGUGGGACCUGAACAUGGCGGCGGUGGUAGCUGCUACAGCGCUGAAGGGCCGGGGGGCAAGAAAUGCCCGCGUACUUCGGGGGAUCCUCUCUGGAGCCACAGCUAACAAGGCUUCCCAGAACAGGACCAGAGCACUGCAGAGCCACAGCUCACCGGAGUGCAAGGAGGAGCCUGAGCCCCUCUCCCCUGAGCUGGAAUACAUUCCCAGAAAGAGAGGCAGGAACCCCAUGAAAGCUGUGGGACUAGCCUGGUAUAGCCUGUACACCCGCACCUGGCUCGGGUACCUCUUCUAUCGACAGCAGCUUCGGAGGGCUCGGAAUCGCUAUCCCAAAGGCCACUCCAAAACUCAGCCCCGCCUCUUCAAUGGAGUGAAGGUGCUUCCCAUCCCUGUCCUCUCGGACAACUACAGCUACCUCAUCAUCGACACCCAGGCCGGGCUGGCUGUGGCUGUGGACCCUUCAGACCCGAGGGCUGUGCAGGCUUCCAUUGAAAAGGAAAGAGUUAACUUGGUUGCCAUCCUCUGCACCCACAAGCACUGGGACCACAGCGGAGGAAACCGUGAUCUCAGCCGGCGGCACAGGGACUGUCGAGUGUAUGGGAGCCCUCAGGAUGGGAUCCCCUACCUUACCCACCCCCUGUGUCAUCAAGAUGUGGUUAGUGUUGGGAGGCUUCAGAUCCGGGCCCUGGCCACCCCUGGCCACACUCAAGGCCAUCUGGUGUACCUGCUGGAUGGGGAGCCUUACAAGGGUCCUUCCUGCCUCUUCUCAGGGGACCUGCUCUUCCUCUCUGGCUGUGGACGGACCUUCGAAGGCACAGCAGAAACCAUGCUGAGCUCACUGGACACUGUGUUAGACCUGGGGGAUGACACCCUGCUGUGGCCUGGACAUGAAUAUGCAGAAGAGAACCUAGGCUUUGCUGGCGUGGUGGAGCCUGAGAAUCUCGCUCGUGAGAGGAAGAUGCAAUGGGUGCAGAGGCAACGGAUGGAACGCAAGAGCACAUGCCCAUCCACCCUGGGAGAGGAGCGUGCCUACAACCCAUUCCUGAGAACCCAUUGCCUGGCCCUACAGGAGGCUCUGGGGCCAGGGCCAGGCCCCACCAAUGACGAUGGCUACUCCCGGGCCCAGCUCCUGGAGGAGCUGCGUCGGCUGAAGGACAUGCACAAGAGCAAGUGAAACCCCUAGCCCACCCCAGUCCAGGCGGCCCCUGCAGAGGGGAGGCCACCCACCACCCACACCUCGCCACCCUCUUCAUCACUAACACCACCACCGCCGUCGGUGCCCUAGGCAGCACCGUUCCUCCAGACUGUUCAGGGAAGGCAGAGCCCAGGCAGUGGGACCUGGAGGAGGAAGCAGUGGAAGGCUCGGAGACCCCACACACAGUACAGCUGGUGUUUAGGAUUAAAGGAAAUGAGUACCUGGGACAUCUCCAGAUUCUGCCGCCUCAGAGUUUGCCUCCCUUCCCCCACUUGUGGACCAAUAGCCAGAUCAUGAAGGCUGCUGUUGGCUCCCCCUGCAGAGACCACACUCCCACAAGGAACCCUACAACCCCGGAAAGCAGGGUCCUGACCAGGCUAGUCUGUUCUCCACCUUCCUCCAUCCAGGGUUGUCGGAGAAGCUCACCCAGCAAAAUGAUCGAAGGUGUGGUGCCUGGAAAAAUGGUCACCAACAGGGGCAGCCAGACUCUGGGCGACUGAAACUCAGCCCCAUCCCACCCACCCUGCUAAGACAUUGCCAGGAAGAGCCAUUCCUAAGAACACCCAAGGGCUGGAAGCCUGGCUCUAGCUGAUUCUGCCUCAGGCUGGAGGGAAAGGUUCCUGAUUGCCAAGGACUCUUCUGCCUCAGGCCUAGGAGACACAGGAUGCUGGGAUCCAGAGCCAUACACCAUGCACAUCUGUCUGGGUCUACCACUGGCCUCUGCCCCUGCCCCGGGUCACCAGGGCUUGCCUUCCCAGGGGAGAGUGAACUGGGGUCUGCCUCAGAGAUCUGUUUUCUCCUUUUAGCCUUUGUUCUUAGGAUUCCCUGCCUGCCUUCUGUCUUACUUAACCUCUCUUGCUUUACCCUCAACUCUUUUCUCCUUUAAGUCAUUUCAAGGCUGACCUUUUGGUCCUGGUACUCAUCUGGCUCUACAGUUUGCCAAGAACCUUCAUUCCCAUGUGAUUUCCCACUGGAGCCAGGGGCCCCGUGCUGGCAAUGUGUAGAAAGCAGAGGUCUCAUAACAGGGAGCUCAAGUGAGUGGCAGCUUCCAGGACCCCAGGCCUGGGCAUACCCCAUUGCUCACCACUCUUUCCAAAUCUGCUUGUCCUCUGGUCUCAGGUCAAGGACCCUUUGGGACCACAGUAAGGAGCACUGUGGUCAUUUAGCAGGCACACCUUGGGUUAGCCAGGAGCCACAGCUUUCUGUGUCAGAGCCUUCCCUCAGGCUGGGCAAUGCCCUCUGUUGUUCCUCUGAGAUGCCCCUGCCCUCAGUUUCCCUUUUCAUCCGGCCUCGGCUGCCUUCUCCAGCCCCAGCCUUUGGAACUCACUCUAGCAAUACACCAGACUAGCUAGUCUUUCUGCCCCCUAAACACAUGCAGUCUCAUGCCUUUGUGCCUUCGCUCACGCUGUUUCUUCAGCUGGAAUGCCUUCCCGCUCCUCCGGCCUCCUCUGCCUGGCAAACACCUAUUAGCCUGUCCCAGGCCCCUCCUCCAGGAAGGCACCCCUCACCCCUCCCUUCCAGGCUACCUCUGCACCUUGUAAAUGCUUCCCCCAUGGCUCCUAUCACACCACACCGUAUCUUACUUGUUUACAUGUUUGUCUCCCCUUCUAGACUGUGAAUCCUUCAGGGCAUGGACUGUACUUAUGCAUCUCUGUAUUUCUGCGCCUAGCACGGUGCCUGGCACACAGUAGGCGCUCAAUAAAUGUUGAAUGAAUGAUUUAA